AAAAAAAAAAUAUUAAACGAGAAUGAAGAUGUUCUCAGCUAAAGUUGAGGAAGGAAGGAAAGGACAGAAUGGGAAGCCUUCAGUUGGUCCAGUGUAUCGGAAUUUACUUUCCAAAAAUGAUUUUCCUCCCCCUCAUCCUGAAAUAAAUACAGCUUGGGAUGUUUUUAGUCAAUCUGCGCAGAAGUUUCCUGGAAAUCGAAUGCUUGGAUGGCGUAAAAUUGUGGAUGGAAAGAUAGGACCUUAUGUUUGGAAGACCUACAAGGAGGUUUAUGAAGAAGUUCUGCUUGUUGGCUCUGCGCUACGAGCUUCUGGUGUGGAACUAGGUUCUCGGAUUGGAAUUUAUGGUUCAAACUGCCCUCAAUGGAUUAUGGCAAUGGAGGCUUGCAAUGCCCAUAGUCUGAUAUGUGUACCUCUCUACGAUACCCUAGGGCCAGGGGCUGUAAACUUUAUCAUAGAUCAUGCAGAGGUUGAUGUUGUUUUCAUCCAAGAUAAGAAAGUGAAACAACUAUUGAGUCCUGAUUGUACAUCUAGCCAGCGACUAAAAGUUAUGGUUUGCUUCACUUCAUUGACAGACGAAGAGAAGGAUAAAGCAGUCCAGAUUGGGAUGAAACCGUACUCAUGGAGUGAAUUCACCGAGAUGGGAAAACAAAAUCCGUCAGAUAUUUUCCCACCUCAGCCUGAAACUAUAGGCUCAAUUAUGUACACAAGUGGUACUACUGGAGAUCCUAAAGGUGUUGUGCUAACGCAUGAAAACGCUGCAUAUGGUGUGAGAGGGGUUGACCUCUUUAUGGAACAAUUUGAAGAUAAGAUGACAGUGGAUGAUGUGUAUCUAUCUUUCCUUCCUCUGGCUCAUAUUCUUGACCGAAUAAUUGAGGAGUACUUUUUCCGCACUGGUGCUUCUGUUGGCUACUAUCAUGGGGACCUUAAUGCACUGGGUGAUGAUAUGAUGGAGUUGAAGCCAACACUGCUUGCUGGAGUACCUCGAGUUUUUGAAAGAAUACAUGAAGGUAUAAAGCAAGGAGUGCAACAGCUCAAUCCCAGGAGGCAGAAGAUUUUUGACAUUCUGUACAAAUACAAACGUGCUUGGAUGAAUAUGGGGUUUAAAAAUAGAAACGCCUCACCAAUAGCUGAUCUGUUAGCGUUCAGAAAGAUAAAGAAUAGGCUUGGGGGUAGAAUUCGACUUAUAAUAUCUGGAGGUGCACCCUUAAGUGCUGAGAUUGAAGAAUUCUUGCGAGUUACUUGCUGUUGUUUCGUAGUCCAAGGCUAUGGGUUGACAGAAACUGUUGGGCCAACUACUCUUGGGUAUCCUGAUGAAAUGUGCAUGAUUGGCGUUGUUGGUACUGUAUCUGUUUUCAAUGAGCUGCGCCUCGAAGAGGUUCCAGAUAUGGGCUACGAUCCACUUGGAGAUCCUUCCUGUGGGGAAAUAUGUGUGAGAGGCAAGACUGUUUUUGCUGGUUACCACAAAAGUCCUGAAUUGACAAGAGAAGCCAUCAAAGAUGGCUGGUUCCACACAGGGGACAUAGGACAAAUACUUUCAAACGGAAGCAUCAAGAUCAUUGAUAGGAAAAAGAACCUGAUUAAACUCUCACAAGGGGAGUAUGUUGCACUUGAGUACUUAGAAAAUGUUUACGGCAUUUCAUCUGUUAUUGAUGAUAUCUGGGUCUAUGGAAACAGCUUCAAGUCAAAGAUUGUUGCAGUGGUGGUACCAGAAGAAAAUAGCACAAAGAAGUGGGCUGAUUUAAAUGGUCACACGGGUUCGUUUUCUGACCUUUGUUCUCUUGAUCAGCUCAAGAACUAUAUCCUGGAAGAGCUCAAGCUAAUAGCAGAGAGAAACAAGCUGAGAGGUUUUGAAUAUAUCAAAGGAAUCAUUAUAGAACCUCGCCCCUUUGACAUGGAAAGGGACUUGGUGACUGCCACUUUGAAGAAGAAAAGAAAUCAGUUGCUCAAGUACUACCAGGUUGGACUUGAUGAACUCUACCAAAAUCUGGAUGCCGGACGAAAAUACUAGUUAUUAAGGUCAUAGCUAAAUAACUGGUGGCCGGGUAGGAAUGUAUUGUAAUGGAGAUUAAGCUACUGCAUUUUAUGUGUAAGAAACUGGCCGGUUAGAAUGUUGCAGCCAUAACCAAGUUGAACAUAUGCUGCUACUUAUUUGUGAUGAUGAGGCUUCGCCUUUGGCUUGAACUUGCCUCUCAUAUCAAUGAACAAAACACUUUCAAU